AUGCCGGCGAAGCGGCACGGGCGCGAGAUGGAGGAACGUAGAAACGAAGUGAAGCAGAGGCGAGAGGAGGAAGACGGCGUGGAGGACGCCCGCGAACCCGCGCUGCUGUCUCUGUCGUCGUCGCCCUCGCUCCCGCUAUGCUCGCCCUCGCUCAUGCUGACAGACUGGUACCAGCUGUCGAUGCUUUUCGCCAACUGGCGACUCGGCAAACACAAUCAGCAUGCAGUCUUUGAGACCUUCUUCCGCAAGGCGCCUUUCCAGGGAGAGUUCGCAGUCAUGGCUGGAGUCAAGCAGCUCGUCGACUUCAUUUCCCGCAUGCGCUUCACCGACGAGCACGUCAACUUCUUCAGAACGCAGUUCCCUCACGCGCCUGAAGAGUUCUUCGACUACCUCCGCUCGGUGGACUGCUCAGACCUCAGCGUGCACGCGAUCCCUGAGGGCACGAUCGUCUUCCCGAAGGUGCCUCUCGUGCGCAUCGAGGGUCCGCUCUCCAUCUGCCAGUUGAUUGAGACCCCGGUGCUCAACAUCCUCAAUUUUGCCUGCUUGGUCGCCACCAACGCCGCGCGGUAUCGGCUGGCUGCGGGUUGGGAGAAGCAGCUGCUCGAGUUCGGAGCUCGCCGAGCGCAGGGCCCUGACGGCGCCCUGAGCGCAAGCCGCUAUUCGUACCUCGGAGGCUUCGACGGCAGCAGUAACACUCAAGCCGCGUAUUUGUUUGGCAUGCCGUUGCGAGGGACGAUGGCGCACUCGUUCAUCACUUCUUUCUCCUCGAUGAAGCAGCUCAAGCGCCACCUGCCAGUCCCCUCGCCGGCGAGCGGCUCUGCCCAGCCCGACGGGGGACAGCACGAUGCGGUGGCGGCCAUUCCCUGUCGCACUGGCGGCGACCUCAUCGAGCAGGUCGCCAAGUACCACCAGAAAGUCGUCGAGCUGUGGUCGGCGAGGAGCCUCGACUCAAUGAUGCAUGAGGGCGAGCUCGCUGCCUUCACCGCCUUCGCGCAGACCUUCCCGAACGCGUUCCUCGCGCUUGUGGAUACCUACGACACUCUGUACUCAGGGGUGCCUAAUGCGCUCGCCGUCAGCGCGGCGCUCGUCGCGUGCGGCUACGAGCCCAAAGGCAUUCGCCUGGACUCGGGAGACCUGGCGUACCUUUCCAAGGAGGUUCGCCGAAUGUUCAGAGAGGCUGCCGAAGCGUUUGGGAUGCCCUCGCUCGCGCAUAUGGCGAUUGCAGCGUCGAACGACUUGAAUGAGGUCAUCAUCUCAGCCCUGCGAGACCAGGGCCACGAGAUCGACACGUUCGCGGUGGGAACGAACCUCGUGACGUGCCAAGCGCAGCCUGCUCUCGGCAUGGUGUAUAAGCUGGUCGAGCUCGAAGGCGAGCCGGUGAUGAAGGUGUCGCAGGUCUUCGAGAAGGCGUCGCUGCCGAGCAAGAAGGAAGUGUACCGGCUCUUCACCAAGGACGGCUCUCCGGCUGUGGAUCUUAUGCAGGAGGCGAAGGACGCGGCGCCCGCAGCGGGACAGCGCAUCUUCUGUCGGCAUCUCUACGAUGACCGGAAGCGCUGCUUCCUCGUUCCGACCAAAGUGCAGAGACUGCUUCAACAGUACAUCUCCAAAGGCGAACAAGUCUCUGAGCCGCUCACGCUAGAGGAGGCGCGUCAGCAUUGUAUGAGCGGGCUGCGGUCGCUGCGGAAGGAUCUGACUCGCUUGGUGAAUCCCACACCCUACAAGGUUUCCGCCAGCGAAGAGUAUUUCACGUGUUUCCACCGCAUGUGGCAAGACACUGCGCCAGUCCGCACCUACGAGUGA